ACCAAAACUAUCCCCCGCCCAACGUGGGCAGUUUGCACCCUCACAAAGCACAUUCUUUACUCUCUCUAGUUAGCUAACAGCCACCUUUUCUUUUUCUUCCUUCACCACAAAAGAAGGGCAAAGCAUUUACACCCUUCAACAACUCCUCCUCCUCCACAUGAUCACAUCACUCACUCACACCCACCACACACAAAAAAAACAAACAAACAUGGGUGGAGAGAGCUCUAUGGGGGCACUUGUCCCCUCUGUGAAUUCUGAGGCAACAACCUCCAAAAUGCAACCACCAACGGAGGAGUUAGACAAGGAUAUUCUCUGUCCUAUUUGCAUGCAGAUCAUUAAGGAUGCUUUUCUCACUUCCUGUGGACAUAGCUUCUGUUACCUGUGUAUUACUACUCAUUUAAGAAACAAGAAUGAUUGUCCUUGUUGUUCUCAUUACCUCACCAACAACCAUAUCUUUCCUAAUUUUUUGCUCAAUAAGUUAUUGGAGAGAACUUAUGCUCGUCAAGCAGCCAAGAAUGCAUCACCUUACGAACACCUUCGCCAGGCAUUACAACAGACAGGGUUGUGAAGUCUCAGUUAAAGAGCUAGAUGGCCUUUUGACCCUCCUUGCAGAGAAGAAGAGAAAGAUGGAGCAAGAAGAAGCAGAAAGAAAUAUGCGGAUUUUACUUGACUUCUUGUGCUGCCUCAGGAAGCAAAAGCUUGAUGAGCUCAAUGAGAUUCAAACAGACCUGCAGUACAUUAAGGAGGACAUAAAUGCUGUAGAGAGGCAAAGGAUAGAGUUAUGCAGGGCAAAGGACAGAUGCUCACUAAAACUUAGGAUGUUUGCUGAUGAUCCGAAUUCUCAGUUUGUUACUCAAUCAGGAACAGUUGCAUCUAAAAAGAAAUGGGCCCAAGCACAGUUCAAUGAUUUGCAAGAAUGUUACUUGCAAAAGCGGCGAAAUUGGGUUAGACAAGCAUACAAAGAGGAAGAAAAGGAUACAGAUAUUAUGAAUAGAGAAGGAUAUAAUCAAGGUCUUGAGGAUUUCCAAUCUGUGCUGACCAAUUUUACUCGAUACAGUCGAUUGAGGGCCGUUGCUGAACUGAGACAUGGUGACCUUUUCCACUCUGCUAAUAUUGUGUCUAGCAUAGAAUUUGAUCGUGAUGAUGAACUGUUUGCUACUGCUGGAGUUUCUAGGCGCAUUAAGAUUUUUGAGUUUUCCUCGGUGAUGAACGAACCGGCAGAUGUGCAUUGUCCUGUUGUGGAAAUGUCCACGCGAUCUAAACUUAGUUGCUUAAGUUGGAACAAGUAUACUAAAAAUCAUAUCGCUAGCAGUGAUUAUGAGGGUAUAGUAACUGUUUGGGAUGUAACUACUCGCCAGAGCAUAAUGGAAUACGAGGAGCAUGAAAAGCGAGCUUGGAGUGUUGAUUUUUCACGGACUGAACCUUCAAUGCUUGUAUCUGGCAGCGAUGACUGCAAGGUCAAAAUUUGGUGCACACAGCAAGAAGCAAGUGUUCUUAACAUUGAUAUGAAAGCAAAUAUUUGUUCUGUAAAGUAUAAUCCUGGAUCCAGCAUUCAUGUGGCGGUGGGAUCUGCUGAUCAUCAUAUUCACUACUAUGACUUGAGAAACAUUAGCCAACCGCUUUAUGUAUUUAGUGGGCAUCGGAAAGCUGUUUCAUAUGUGAAAUUCCUGUCUAGCAACGAACUGGCUUCUGCAUCUACGGACAGCACAUUGCGCUUAUGGGAUGUAAAGGAUAAUUUAGCAUUGCGGACAUUUAGAGGCCAUACAAAUGAGAAGAAUUUUGUGGGUCUCACAGUGAACAGCGAAUACAUUGCUUGCGGCAGCGAGACAAACGAAGUGUUUGUGUAUCACAAGGCUAUCUCUAAACCCGCAGCUUGGCAUAGAUUUAGUACGGAUUUGGAGAACGGUGAGGAUGAUGCUGGAUCGUAUUUCAUUAGCGCUGUGUGUUGGAAGAGUGAUAGCCCUACAAUGCUAACCGCAAAUAGUCAAGGAACCAUUAAAGUGCUUGUUCUUGCUGAAUGAAUGAUCUAACUCUUUAAAUCCUACUCAACAUUGACUUCUGUAUCCAGAUGGAGAAUGCGUUUUACUGUACAAAUUAACUGCCAAGUAACAUGCCUAUCACUAGGCAUGAAAUUGGCAGGGAUUAGGAGAGUGUGCAUUCCCACCUACGAAGAAGCCUUCAGUUGUGUUUGCAAUAUCAUUUUUUCUUGCCACUCCAAUAUCAUACAUGUCAGAAAACUCACUUCUUUCA